AUGGUCGAGCUCAAGAAGCCAAAGAUUACUUAUGAGGAUUACAUCGCGCUCAGCGAGUUGACGUUUGAGUGGGGAGAUAGCUAUGAUGCCAAGGACUGGGACCGUCUUCGAAAGAUUCUGGCUCCCACUUUACUCGUUGACUACACGGAGGUGCAUGGGAAUAAAUGGGAGGACAUGAGUUCCGAGGAGUUUGUGGCCAUGGUGAGCCACCACGGCUUCGUGGGAGACCCGCUUGUCAACACCCAGCACUUCAUUGGGGCUUCCAAGUGGGAGCGAAUCUCCGAGGAUGAGGCGAUUGGAUACCACCAGCUUCGUGCUGCGCAUCAGCGCUACACUGGACCGGACAAGAAGACAGUUGAGGCCAAGGGACACGGUCAUGCGAUGAUCAAGCACAACUAUCGCAAGGUGGACGGCGAGUGGAAGUUUGCUGGUCUUCGCCCGACGGUUCGCUGGAACGAGUUCGAGUUUGAGAAGAUCUUCAAGUAUUUCGACUGA